AUGAACGGCGGUAGCACAAGAUCACUCCGUCAUCAUACACAACGUCCGUUAAAUCCAGAUUUUGUUGAACCACCAUCAGUAUUUUCUGAACGUGGUAACGAUGAGGAGGAGGACGAUGAUGGAACUGAUGAUUGGGGAGGAAAUAAAACAAUAACGAAAAAAAGUCGAACAUCGACAAGAGGAGUACGUACUAAUCGUGGACGAACAUCACGUGGUGGAGGACGUGGAGCAACAGCAUCAUCAAUUGUUCACGGUGGAAGAAGUAUAAGUGCAUCGAAUCGCACAAGUGGUGAUGAAGAUGCUUCUUCAUCUUUCGACGGUAGUUCAUUUACAACAACAAAUAAUUCAACAUUACCACCAGAAAAAUCAUAUUAUCACAUAUUAUUAACAGGCAAAGUUCAAAUACAAUCAUUGGUUGAUCAAUGGAUAGAAUCAUAUCAAACAGAAAGAGAUCAAGCACUAAUUGAAUUAAUGCAAUUUUUUCUCGAUAGUAGUGGUUGUAAAGGACGAUUAACACCACAAAUGUAUUUAAAAAUGGAACAUGUUGAUAUGUUACGAGCAAUGACCGAACAUUUUGAAGAAGAUUCAUCUGAAUAUCCAAUAAUAAUGUCUGGUUUACAAUUUAAAAAAUUUCGUUUAUCCUUUUGUGAAUUUGUUGUCAUGUUAAUAAAACAAUGUUCUUAUACAAUUAUUUAUGAUCAAUAUAUGAUUGAUAAUUUGGUAACAUUAUUAACAGCAUUAUCUGAUUCAGCUGUUCGAGCAUUUCGACAUACAGGAACAUUAGCUGUAUUGAAAGUGAUGACAGCACUCGUCGAUAUUGCUCUAACAAUAAGUAUUCAAAAAGAUAGUUGUCAACGACAAUAUGAAUCAGAACGACAAAAAUCAACUGUAAGACGUGCAACUGAUCGUUUAGAUAAUUUAAUGGCAAAACGAAAAGAGCUAGAGGGCAAUGAAAAUGAAAUAAAAAGUUUUAUGAAUUUCAUAUUUAAAGGUGUUUUUAUCCAUCGUUACAGAGAUAUUGUACCAGAUAUACGUUGUUUAUGUAUGAGUGAACUUGGAGAAUGGAUGAAAAAUUAUCCAAUGGUAUUUCUUGAUGAUAUUUAUCUAAAAUAUAUUGGUUGGACAUUAUAUGAUAAAGUUGGUGAUUGUCGUCUACGAUGUUUAUUAGCAUUAAUUCCUCUAUUUUCAACAACUGAUCUUGUUGGAAAAUUAGAACUAUUCACGAAUCGUUUCAAAGAUCGUAUUGUUCAAAUGACAGUGGAUUGUGAAUAUGAAGUUGCCGUCCAAGCAAUCAAACUACUCACAGCCAUAUUAAAAUUUAAUGAACGUAUAUUAGAAGAUAAAGAUUGUGAAAAUAUUUAUGAAUUAGUGUAUCAUUCUCAUCGACAAGUAGCACAAGCAGCAGGUGAAUUUUUAAAUCAAAAAUUAUUUCAUAAAGCUGAACAACCAUUAUCAUCAUCAACAACGACAAAAAAACGAAGUCAAAAUACAUCUUUUAUGCAUUUAUUAGUACAAUUUUUUAUUGAAAGUGAGCUUCAUGAACAUGCCACCUAUCUUGUUGAUUCAAUGUGGGAUUUACAUGCUAUGAUGAAAGAUUGGGAAUGUAUGACAGAUAUUUUACUUGAAGAACAAGAUCAAGAUGAUGAACCACUUGAUGAUCAACAUGAAAAUUGUCUUAUUGAAAUAAUGGUUUGUUGUGUGAAAGAAGCGGCUACCGGCGAAUAUCCAAUUGGUCGUGGACAACCGAAUAGAAAACUCAACAUGAAAGAACAAAAACAAAAAGAAGAUGAUAAGAAAAUAUUAACAGAACAUUUUAUUGGUACAUUACCACCAUUAUUAAAUAAAUAUAUAGCGGAUGCUGAUAAAUUACUAAAUCUAUUACAAAUACCGUUACAUUUUAACUAUGAAAUAUAUACAACAACGCGACGUGAACGUGAUUUAGAUACAUAUUUAAAUGCAUUAAAUGAUAUUGUUCAACGGCAUACAACUGCUGAAAUUUUUGAUGCUGUAUCAAAAUGUUUUGAAUGUGUAUGUGACGUUGGAUUUACAUUAUCAAAUCGUGCUAUUGCCUAUCGUGGUAAUAUUACAGAUAAAAUUGUGGCAAAUUUUGUUGCAGCUAUGAAUAUAUUUGAAGAUAUGGAUGAAGCUGAUGAAGAUGAUUUAUAUCCAUUAUUGUUAAAUUUGAGAAAAUUAGAUGCAUUUCAUCAAUGUCAUGAUUUGGGUGCUUCUGAUCUUUGGGAUAAAAUUCAUCUAUUGUUUAAAGCAGCUAUUGACAACGAAGAUAUGUCUCCUGAAAUUGUUGAAAAAUGUUUUGGUGUAGCUAAUCGUGCUAUUCUAUGGGGUCUUGUUCAUCUUGAAACACAAUUCGAUCGAGAUUUAUUAAAAAAAAUUGUUAAACGUAGUCGUAAAUUAUGUGGUCUAUGUCAAAAAUUAAUGUUACAUUCAAAUCCACAAAUUUGUCAAUAUGCUUAUACAACAUUAUGUGAUUUAUUAAUUACUUUAAGUCCACAUUUAAUGGAUAAAAGUGAUGAAUAUAAAUCACUUAUUUUGGAUAUAAAUGAUGAUUUAAUACAAGCAUUAUUAAUAUUUUUAAAUACCUAUGUGUUUAAUGUUGAUGAACCAAAAGAUCAAGAAGAACAAAUUAAAAUUGAAGCAUUACAUAAAAAACGUAAUCUAUUAGCCGCAUAUUGUAAAUUAAUUGUACAUAAUGUAUUACCAAUUCAAGCAUCAACAAAUAUAUUGAAAUAUUAUGUCAAAUAUAGCAACGAUUUUGGUGAUAUAAUUAAAAAUACAUUUACACGAGCACGUGACAUAUCAAAAAUUCAUACUGCAAAAACAAUGGCACACAGUUUAAUAGAAGUCUACAAAGAUUGUCUUAAACAUCGUGAUCAACAGCAAGCCUCUGCAGUAGUAUCAUCAGAUGACGAAGAACAACGAAUAAUUCCUGUUGAUUUAUCUCCAUUGCGAGAAUUAGCACGAAGAUUUAAUUUAUCAUUUGGUCUUGAUAUGGGAAAACAACGUGAAGCAUUAGCUGCUCUUCAUCGUGAAUGUAUUCGUUUUGGUGUAACACCGUUAACUGAUUCAAUUGAUUCAAGUAUGCCCGGUCCAAAUGUAUUAUUUUUAGAAUGUUUACCAGAAUUUACAUCAAAAUUAUUUAAACCAGAUAAAAAAGCGAUUUAUGAUUAUUUGGAAAAAUUGGUGAAUAAUGUUGUUGUUAGUGAUAGUGAUUCGUGGGAACCAUUGAUACAAUAUCGUCGUGUAUUAAUGGAUGAUGGAACGGGUGGUGGACAUGCUAAAGACUCUAGAACGCGUUCUAGUACAACUGGAAGAGGAAAAAAACGAGCUGUUCAUGAAGUAACAGCAAUUGGUGAGUAAAUAAUAUAUGGUCUCAGUUAUCUAUAUUUAAAAUUUUAUUUAAAUUUUAGAUGAAACUUCUCGAGCGUAAACUCUGAUAUGUACAAAUUCUUUCAACGUAUUUCGUAAGAUCUCUGUCUUUAUUCUUUUUUUUUUGCUUGUUAUAUACAAUUUUCUCUCAUUGUAACUUCUUUGUAUUUUUCCUAGAAAAAUACCAUUUUGUUCGUGUAUACGUUAAUAAAAUCAUUAUUCUUUCAGAAUACAAACGGAAAUAUUCCAUUCGUGUUCUUAAAUCAAUUCAUUCAAUGAAUGAUUUUUUUUCUCUUUGUUGUAGUUACUAGUAUUUUUUACAUGUAACUGUAGUUUGGCGUUUUCCUAUAGUUAACUAAGAUCUCGCAGAUUGUAGUUUUUGAUUGCGUUUUUUGUGUAUGAAUAAACAUUUUGUUCUGACUAUUUGAUUCAUUGUUAUCCGCUGCACGGUUAUUGUUUUUUGUCAUAUUAUCAGCUGAGUGUAGAAAAACGCAGUGUAGAAUUAUAGAUUCAAUUUUCUAAAUAAAUAUGAUCAUAUGUAGUUGAUUAGGUUGGUUAACAUUUUCUAAUCGAUGAUCAAAAAUCUGACACACUUUUUGCAAAAUUCGGUUUAAUAUGAAAAUUUCUUAUUUCAAAAUAUGGCUAUAAUAUGUUUUAAAUGGU